CACACACUGGCGCGCGCGGAUGGGCGGUGAAAGUCAGCGUGCGAGCAGCUGCCAGCCAGCCCGUGCAACUUUGUGCGCAUGUUCUCGUGCUUGGAUGGUGAAGCUGUGCAGGUCUUCCUCAUCAUUGCAUGCUUGAUGUCUAACUGGGAGACGCGAGGAUUUGCAGAACAACAGCGUUCAGAGAUCGGGAAUAUCGACAAAUCAGGUGGCAUCAUGAGCAAAGUGCAGGGAGGGAUGAAAUGCGUGAAAUACCUGCUAUUCGUUUUCAACUUCAUCUUUUGGCUGUCGGGCCUGUUGGUGCUGGCUGUGGGACUUCGGCUCAGAUUUGACCCAGAAACAGUGGCACUGCUGACGGUUGACGACGCCCCCGAAACCUUCUUCAUAGCUGUGUACAUCCUCCUCGGUGCAGGAGGGCUGAUGAUGGUCGUCGGGUUCUUUGGUUGUUUUGGUGCUGUACGUGAGUCUCAGUGUCUUCUAGCAUCGUUCUUUGCUUGUCUCCUGAUCAUCUUUGGAGCAGAGAUUGCUGCUGGAGUGUUUGGAUUCAUAAACAAGAAACAGAUUGUUGAGGAAGUCCAAAAGUUUUACAGCGCCUCCAUCGCUGACGUCUCCACUCCGAAUGGCACCGCGAUCGCAUUCAUUUACCACAAAACUCUGAACUGUUGCGGAGGUUUCGCAUCACACAUGACCGUCGCACUUUGUGCAGAGGCAGAGGAGGACGUCCAGGACUGCCUCACUGCAAUAUCAGACUUCUUCAAUGACAAGCUGCAUAUUGUUGGAUUCACUGGGAUCGGGGUUGCAGGAGUGAUGAUCAUAGGAAUGAUCUUCAGUAUGGUUCUGUGUUGUGCCAUCAGGAACAACAGGGAGGUUAUAUAGAUGUCCAGAGGGAUCUGGUGGGGGAGUUCACUGAGUACCACAAAGAGCGAGUACAACACAUCCCAGGUGUCCACGGGGCCAAAUUCAACACGAUACGCUGGAAUCGUUAUCUUCACACCUUCUCCUCAACUCCACCAGCACUGGAAACGAUUAUGUCUCUGCUCCUCCACGUAACACAUGCUCUGCGACGUUCCUCAGCUUUGUCACACAGUGCUGCACUGCAAGCUACUAGUCGGUACACGACGCCUUCUUUGACACAGGAAUGUGCUGUAACUAUGGACAGCUAUUUUAUGCACCUGCAGUUAACUUUAUUUGUGCCCUUUCUAACCUGUUUGUGUGUGAUCAAUACUACUUUGUGUGCUUGAUUGUUUUGAGGACUAGCAGACCUUUGCCGAGUAGAUUUCCAUUAUGUGCCUUAAUUCAAACAGGAAACAAGCCUUCCGGCUGGCGGCACUAUUUACCUAUAUCGUGCGAUUUCAUUUGUACAUAUCGGCUCAAUGCCACCACUGUCAAGUAUUUCUACUUUAAAGCACAAUAGAGGAAGUGUAGAUGUGAUAUCAACCCAAAGGGUUAGGGAAGGUCUGAUGAUAAACUGCCACUCCGUUAAUCUCCAAAUUCAUCUAAGAAGGUCAUGAAUAACACUUGUGAGCUACUUUGCAUUUUGUGAAUCAUUUUUGGAAAUAAAUUUUGUUGCUGUGCCAAUAACUUGUGAAUUAUAGAAUAAUAUAGUUUUUGCCAUGAUGUUAACCGUAAUAAAAACAAAUACUUGGUGCUUUUA